UGUACAUUUAUCGAGUUUCGCUCAUCGCUAAAAUUGUUUUUUCGCUGGUGGUUUGGUUUUUAUAAAUUUUCUUAAUUUAUGGCAGACCAGUUAAACAACGAGGCCGGCCAGCCCACCCCGCUGAUGUCCAUUCGAUUCGAUCAACAGCAGCACGAAAGUGCGGUGGCCAAUGGGAAUGAAAACGGCAAUGGAAAUGGGAAUGCUGCCGGUGAAUCUGUUGAAGAUGGUGUGGAUGCUGAGAAAUCCGCCUCUGAGCUGGUUCUUCCAAAAGCCCUGGAGGAUGUCUUGGCCCUAAAGGACCAGCGGGUUGCGGAGUUUACGGUCGACGCCGACUCGCAAGGGGGCAGCGGGGGUGCAACACAGGACGGUGAAGAUGCAGAUGUGGGCGAGGAGAGUGAGGAUGAUGCGGAGAACCAGGUGAACGGUGCCGGUGGCCAAAAGUCCGGCAGGCAGAGCAAGGCGGAGCGGAACAAAAAAGAAAAAAAGCGCAAGAAGCAGAACAAGAAAAUUCGCCACCAGCUGGAGUUUGAAAGGCAGCAGCAAUUGGCUCAAGCGGAUGAUUCCGAGGUCGUGGAUCAGGAACCGACCAAGGAGCAAGAGACCAAGGUCCCGGGCAGCGAUGACGAACAGGUCGGCGAGAAGGAGAAGAAAGACAAACAUAAGGACAGUCGCAGCAAGAGAAGGAAGGAUCGUGGCGAUGAAAAGGAAAAAGAUAAAAAGGCGGGAGAGGCCAAUGAAGAGGAUGUGACUGUUGAAUACGUGCCCGAGAAAAUCACCAUUGCCGAUCUGGCUCCCAUGUACCGCCAGUUCUAUCGGGUUUUUGAAAUCUUCAAACUGGAGAAUAAACCAAAGCCAGCUGAAAAGGACAAGUCUUCGUUAGACUCCGAGGCCCUCUCAAAGGACAAAAAGGCAGCCGACAAACUACUUGAGGACGAAGACGACGAUGGCGAUGAUGACGACGAGCGCAAAGAGGACAAAGAAAAGCUUUCCAAGCGCAAGCUCAAAAAAUUAACCCGCCUGAGUGUGGCAGAACUGAAGCAAUUGGUCUCCCGACCCGAUGUUGUUGAGAUGCACGAUGUCACGGCCAGAGAUCCCAAAUUGCUGGUCCAACUGAAGGCCUACAGGAACACAGUGCAGGUGCCGCGGCAUUGGUGUUUCAAGCGAAAGUAUCUGCAGGGCAAGAGGGGCAUUGAAAAGCCUCCAUUCGAUCUUCCUGCCUUCAUUAAGAAGACUGGCAUCAUGGAAAUGCGUGAGUCACUGCAGGAGCGUGAAGACGCCAAGACUCUGAAGGCCAAGAUGCGUGAACGCGUCCGUCCAAAGAUGGGCAAGAUCGACAUUGACUAUCAGAAACUACACGACGCCUUUUUCAAAUGGCAGACCAAGCCCCGCAUGACUAUUCAUGGCGAUCUUUACUACGAGGGCAAAGAGUUCGAGACACGUCUUAAGGAGAAGAAACCAGGUGACCUUUCCGAAGAAUUGCGCAUUGCCUUGGGCAUGCCCGUGGGCCCUAACUCGCACAAGAUUCCGCCCCCGUGGCUUAUUGCUCAACAACGUUACGGGCCGCCUCCUUCAUACCCGAAUCUUAAAAUUCCCGGCCUAAACGCACCUAUCCCAGACGGAACCUCAUUCGGUUAUCAUGCAGGAGGUUGGGGAAAACCUCCAGUGGAUGAGAACGGAAAGCCGCUGUACGGUGAUGUAUUCGGGACCAAUAUAUUGGACUUGGAUAACGGCAUUGACGAGGCCGAUAUUGAACGCAACCAAUGGGGCGAACUGGAAUCGGAGUCAGAAGAAUCCUCCGAAGAGGAGGAGGAGGAUGGCGAGGACUUGGGCGAUCAGCAGGAUGAGACUGGACUGGUCACGCCAGUGGAGGGACUGGUCACACCGUCUGGGCUGACCAGUGUGCCAGCAGGCAUGGAAACCCCUGAAAACAUUGAGCUGCGCAAGAAGAAAAUCGAAGCCGAGAUGGAGGACAAUGAAACCCCCGUUUUGUACCAAGUGCUGCCCGAGAAGCGCACAGACCGCAUAGGCGCCUCAAUGAUGGGAUCAACUCAUGUCUACGAUGUCAGCGGCAGUGGGGCUAACAAACAGCCUCCAGUUCGAUCCACCACAGACCGCGAGGGCAUCGUGGAACUGGCACUCGAUCCCAGCGAAUUGGACAUGGACAACGACGCAAUGGCUCAGCGCUACGAGCAGCAGAUGCGCGAGCAGCAGAAUCACCUGCAGAAGGAGGAUCUGUCAGACAUGUUGGCGGAGCAUGUGGCGAGACAGAAAUCAAAGCGCAAGCGGCAACAAACGGAUCCAGCCAAGACCACAAAGAAGUACAAGGAAUUCAAGUUUUAAGUACACAGCAAAAAUGAAAACUACUUUUCCAUUCGUGCGUUUGUCGAGAAUGUCAUUAAACAUAGUGAAAACUAAA